CGUAAACAAGAAAACGAAACAUGUAAAUUCCAAUUGUUCAGUGUAUAAUUCGGUAUGCAUUUCAUCAUCAUCUUUAAUGACUGAAGGAAAUACAGAUCUGUUUUAUUAUAAAUAAUACGUUCUGGAAGUUACUAGUGACUAGUUUUAAGAAUCCAGAAGUUGUCGGCGAAGUUUGAUUGAUUUUAUUUGAGUCAAUUGAUAUUGAUAUUGUCGGUAUUGUGUGGUAAGUUUUACCAGUGUGCUUCGAUACAUUUUAUUUGCAAAAACACCAAUGUCAGCGGAAGGUAACGGAAACGGCAGUUCAUAUGCGCGGGUAAUUCUGCAGCAGUGUCUGUCUGCCCGGCUUAUGGUGCAGCCGGCCACGGAGAGCGAGGACGCUGAAUACGUGCAGAUCGGUCGUGGAUUAAUCGUAUACGUAUGUUUUCUAAAAGGAGCAUCGGAAACCAUGAUUGAUAAAAUGGUGAAAUCUGUCCUGGAGGCUCGCCUCAGCGAACCGACCGAUGGUGGACGUCUUGUCUCAAUUCUUGACCUUCCCGGGGACGUUAUGAUUAUACCCCAGGCAACAUUGGGAGGCAGUUUAAAAGGCAAGGUCAUGCAGUACCAUGGCAACGUACAGAAGGACGAUGGGCUCAGGUUAUAUACGCAGUUUGUUGAAAAAUGUGAAAAGACAGUGGCAAUUGCCAAUGUUAAAACGGGACAGAAUUCCAUAGUUCGAUAUGGCACUUACGGAAAUAGACAAGUUUUUUCCACAGAAACAAAUGGACCAUAUACACAUUAUAUAGAAUUUUAACGGCAUUUUGGCUCUACAUGAAAUAUUGAAUCAAUAAAUAGAAAAGAUAA